AUGGCACCGCAAAGCUUCGCAGACCGCAAGUCCAAAAUCUUAGCCGGCCUCAAUACACCGGAAGACCAGUACACAGACCUCUCGCCCAAAGGCUCAGUAGACGCAGGGAUUCGCGACCUGAUAGCCGAGAUCAACGACUCACCGGACUACGUGACUACCAGCAGUUGUGCUGGACGUAUUGCCGUCUACCUGGAAGGAAGCAAGGGGGCUAAGGGCGGUGGCAAAUGGCUGUACACUUCCCAUGAACCGAUUGAGGUGCCUGAAGGUCCGGGUGAGGUACUGCAGAUGUUCGGCGUGUUGGGGGGAGCUGUGCAGUGUGCUACUCCUUCAGAUGCUGAGAAGGCGAGGUUCGUGCAUUUCAAGUUUGAGCCCAUGAUUCUUCAUAUCCUCUCUUCGUCGCUUAAGCCAGCACAGAGAAUAAUGUCCGCGGCUAUGUCGGCGGGCUUUCGUGAGAGUGGCAUAAACAGCAUUCUCCCCCAUACUUCACCACAACAGACCUCACCAGCCACGCCUAUGGUCGGAGUGCGAAGCUCUGGCUUGGCCUUUGAUUGCAUCAUCGGUUUCUCUGACACCGUCAUUGGGGGUGGUGAUGACUCGGCUGGAGACACAAUAGUGAAGCCAAUGGUCACGGAAGACUACUUACGCACUUUAAUCACCGUCGCAAACCAGAGAUUCAAGACGAACGUCGAGCGGACGGGGAGAUUCAAGAAAGCGUUGCUGGGUGUCUGA